AGCAAGAACAAAAGAAAGAAAACAACCAAGAAGUUAUGAAAAUUAAUCGUCAUAAAAGGAAAACCAAACCAAACUAUACAAAGGCAGGAGGUUAGUGGAAGCGCUAAAGACUAUUCUACUUCAAGGAGGCGCUACACUCGACACUCCAGCAGCACGAUGGAGGCGUUUACCGGUUUACCUUUCCCCGCUUUCCCCUCAUUCGUAUGCAGAGGCGGUGUUUUGGGUGUUUAUCCUGCGUUGUCAGCGGUGAGCUUUCACUGUUAACGAGGGAAUAAUCAAUCAGUGAAGUCCGGUACUAAUCAGUUUGCCAUCCACGAAGUGAUACCAAAAAAACGUGUUGCCGUGCCGUGACACCUGCUGACGCAGCUGCUGGGGGAAGCACACGCCGCGUUGAGUCGGCGUGGCCCUUGAUUCUAGCGGAGACACAACGUAAUCGAGCGGAGCGGUACAGCUGCCCUGCCCACCGAUGGCACAUGACUGACCAGAGAUCGGCUUAUUUGCUGCUUCGCGAGUGAUGUGACGGGGCAGCUAUGGACUUGAGGUCAAGCGAAUACCGGCCACUCUUUGGCGGGCCCGUCGACAGGCCGCUGUUCGACGACAACAACACGCGGGAACGAAUCCUGCAUCUGCUUAUAGGAGCUGUGACUGUAGUUUUUGUUUUGAUAACAUUUAUUCUUGCAUUCUUUUACUCUGUCCGCCCACCAUGUGGAAGGCACAUCUAUUAUGCACUUUGCAUCCUUUGCCUUUGUUUUGCCCAUGCUAUGCUGAUCCACUGGUACAGAGAAGGAGGAGUUGAUCCGAAGUUUCGAUACCUCAUUUAUGCUAAUACUAUGAUUAUACACCUGUUCUGCAUAUCUGCCAUCACUUACUUUGUUAAUGGUUGUUAGAGGGUGUUUUAGAUUGCACUUGGAGCAGGCAGUUUACUGCAUUGCAUAUCUUUGAGGAGCUGCUGAAGACCAGUUUCCCUCACAGUUUUGAAAAAGAAGGUUGGGGUGGAGUUGUGUCCAAGUGUUACAUUCAACGUUGUAUUUAAUUCAUUAGCUGAAAUGCCAUAGGUGUAUGUUUACUGCAGGCAAAUAUUAAGCUUCUCUUGAUUAGCAGGUGAUAUGACAUGCACCACUUGUUGUUGGAGCUGAUUUUCUGUUGCAUAUAUACUUUGUUAAUGUAACGUGGUGCCUGUACACUUUGGAGGCGCCAUGCGUGAAACUAAUGUUGCACUGUUGUUUAUUUUACAAGCAUGAUCAGGAAACCGUCACUUAUAUCCGGUCUCUGGCUUUCCGAAGCAUGAGGAACCUCUUUUGUUGAUGGAUGCCUGCUGUUUUUCAAUUUUCCAGAUGUCUCUAUCACAGUAACUGUUGCAGUACAUAACUGCAAUCUAUACAAGUGGUGCUUUCUAUAUGUGUUUGCUAUGCAGCAUGAAUGACCUGUCUACACAACAGAAGUUACUUGAAUGUGCCUUUUAUCUGACAGUGUGAUUAGCAAUGAGCUGUCUUUUUUUUUGUCUAUUCAAGCGGUGGUCUCAAGGAAGUCAGCAUUUUCUUUACUUUUUUUUUGUGCAGCUUUUGCAUUAUAGGCAUUCCUAGGUUUUGCCUCGUGAGGCAUCACAUUCCAGGCAUCUUGAUAUGAUGCUGCUCACUUUUAUCCUCACUGUCAUUGCACAGUAGCAUUGUGCUAGUAUUGGUGGAAGUAAGAAGUGUCGCUACUUCCUGCUGUUCUUUUUGGUGGCUUCGCCUCACUGUCAUGCGAGCAAGAGAUUGUUUUGAAAUUUUGAUUUGUUUGUAGGGAAUGUAUGUUUUAAUGAGGGAAAUUAAAGAUAUACAGGCGCUACCUUA